AUGAUAAAAAAAAGCACAAAUCUUUUAUCCUUUGAUUAUUAUUUAAUCAACAAUGGUAAGUACUCUAAAAUAUGGGCAACAAAUAUAUUUAAAAAAUAUAUACAUUUAGCAAAUAUUUAUUAUUCAUUUAUACAUAAAAAUAAGAAAAUUAAUACAAAUAUUUAUAAUAUGAAUUGUGUAGAGUUAUAUAAAUAUAGUUGUUUUUUACAAAAAGGAAAUAUUAAUAAUGAAAAUAUUUAUAAAAAGAUAAACAGAAGAGUAGAAAUGAUAUAUAAAUUUUUAAUUCCAUCAAAAAUUAUAUUAUUAAUUAAAUUAUAUUUAGAAAAUGCAAAUUUAAAUGUGUAUCAUAAUACUUUUAACUGCCUUAUAGAAGGAACAAUAACAAAGUUGAAUGAAUUUAAUCUAGAAGAAAUUGUUAAAAUGUAUAGUAUAAUUAGUAAGAUGGAAAAUAAUCAAAAUAUAACUUAUCUUUUUAAAUAUUUUAAUAAUCACUUAAUUAAUAAUUACACAUUCAUUGAUGUGAAAUCAUUUUCAAUAAUUUUAAAUUCUCACGCGAAAUUAAAAAUUAGAGAUAUUAAAUUAAUAAACAAAUUUCUAAAUAUAAUACUUGAAAAUAAAUUGUCUUUUGAUAUUAUAAACUACUCAAUUUUUUUCAAUUCUUUUUAUAAGCUAAGGAUAAUUGAUAACGAUUAUAUAGAAAAAAUAGUUAAGGAAUUUUUAAAUGAGUUAGAUGUUUGGAGAAAAUGCAGAGAACAGAAAAAUUUAGAAAAUGAUCAUUUAUCAAGCAAGGAAAAGUUAAUAAUAAACAAAUUCAUUAAUUAUUAUCCUCAUCAUAUUUGUAAUAUUCUAUUGUUUUUCACCAUUUUUAAUAUUAAUAAAAUUUCUAACAUUAAUAAUUCAAAAGAAAUAGAGAAUGAAAUAAAUUUCAAUGAUAAUAUUUAUAUAAAUUUUUUAUUGGAGUUGUUAAUUGAAAAAAAAAAUUUAUUGAGAUGUGAAGAGAUUUUGAUUUUAUGUCAAGUUUUAAAAUCAUUUAAGAUAAAAAACGAUAUUCUAAUUGAUCACAUAGAAAAGGAAUUAUUAAAUUAUUUUAAUUACAUAAAAGAAGAGAAAAAGAAUUUCAAUAGAAAUAAUGAAAAAUUAAAGAACGUAAACAAUAUUAUUCAAUUUAGUGAUGGAGCAGUCAUAAAGAUUCUAUUUGAUCUUUGCACAUUUUACAAUGAUAUAAAUAUAUAUAGAAAAAGUGUACAAUUUUUUCUACAAAAAAAGAAAAAAGUGGAUUUUAAUUCAUCUUCAUUAUUAUUAUAUAUAUAUUCAGAAAUAAAUCAUCUUGAUUAUAAAAUGCUUAAUUUAUUAAUUAGUGUUUUAAAUAAAAAUUAUUUGAAAAAUUUUCAAAUAGAAAACGUUUUUCUCUUAAUUAGAUCUUUCUAUAAAUUUUGUUUGAACAAUCAACAUUACUUCGUAUACGACCAAAUAAAAGAAAAUAAUAUUCUAGAUACAAAUAAAAAUUCAACAACUAACAAUAUAAGUAAUUCAAAUGCAAUUCAUCCAUGCGAGUUAACUACAGUAAAUAAUUCAAAUAAUUACGAUAAUAAAAACUAUAUAUAUGAAGAUAUUCAUAAAAAUAACAUAAUGGAUAAUAAGGAGACACAUUGUUCCAACGAAGAUUAUUUCACUGAGGCUUCUAAUGAUAUAGAUGAUAUAUUUUAUAAAAUUCAUAAGUUAUCUAAUAAUAUUUUUACUAAGUUAGAAGAAGAAUUAUUAGAAAAAAAAAUAGAAUUGAAUGAAUCUAACAUAAGCCAACUGUGUAAGAUAUUAUAUUACUCUGUUUUUUUAAGGAAAUUUGCAUUUCUUAAUAAUGUAAUUAAUUUAUUCAUAAAUAAAGAAGAUAUAAAUGGAUUUAAAAAUAUUUUAAAUAUUUUGUAUUCCUAUAGUUAUAUUAAAAAUAAUUUAUAUUUCAAUUUUCAUGAGAUAAAUCUUAUAAAAGUAAAUAAAAAUUGUUCAAAAGAAUGUGAUACUGUAUUAAAAAAUUAUAAUUUUAUUAUAAACAAAAGAGGUUAUAUCAAUGAAUUAAAAAAUAUGAUAUAUUUUAUUUUUAUUCAAUGUAAAUUGAAUGAUUAUAAUUAUGUUAAUGUAGACAUUAUAAGUAUAUUACUUAACUCUUUUUUUUUAAAUAUACAUUUAUUAUCUAUUUUACUUAAUAGUCUUAUUUGCAAAGAAUUAAGUAUUUUAAUUAAUUUUGCUAAAGAUAAUGGAAAAGAAAAAUUGUCAAAAAUAUGUAGUAAGGACAUUUGUGAUGAUUUAAAAAAUGACACUUUUUUAAUAAUUAAAAAUAUAGACAAUUUUCAUUAUAUGAAAUUAUAUAAUAAAAUUUUCAUGCACAUAAAUAAACAUAUUUUGAAAUGCCAAAACAUUUAUGAUAUAACAAGAAUUUUUAAUUCAUCAUUUAUUCUUUUAAGUUAUAUAGAAAAAUGUAGAAGUGAAAACAAAUUAGACGAUGAUGUUUUACAAGGAGAAAAACAUAUUCAUUCUAUAUUGAAAAAAAUAGAAAAAAAUUUGACAGAAAAUUAUAGUUUAUAUAAUAAAGAAUUUAUUAUAUUAUUAUCAGCUAUUUCUAUAUACAGCAAUAAUUAUUUUUAUAUCCCUUUUUCAUUUUUUUUUGAAUAUUUUAAUUUGUAUGUAUUUAAAAAUUUCAUUUCUUAUUUAAUAUUAUUAAGUAAUGAUGAAGAAAUUAAAUAUAUUUCUAAUAGUAUCUUUUCUUUGACUAAUUAUUAUUCAAAUUGUAAUAAAUAUAAUAAAAAACAAGAUAUUGAAGAUUUUUAUACAUUUCAUAUAUCACAAAUUAUAAACAGUGUUAAAAAUAAUAACAACUUAAAUUCCUUUAAAAUAAACAAUAUAAUGAAUAUAUAUAAAUUGAUGGUAAAUAAUAACAACAUUUUAAAUAAUACUUUUUUUAAAAAGAUUAAGGAUCUAUACAUAUAUUCAUUGGAAAUUAAUUCUAUUUUAUUAAAUAAUCUUUCAUUAAAUGAAUUAAACAAUUUAUGUUUGUUACUUGUAAAAAAAAAAGAACCAAAUACAUUUUUAUUUAAAUAUACUUUAAAAAAGAAUUAUGAAUAUGUCAAUUUAAAAAAUGAAAUAUUAAGUUAUGAUUAUAUUAUUAAUUUAUUGAAUAUAUAUAUAAAUUUUAAAAAAUAUAAUUUUUCGAUAAAUGAUCAAAUGAUAAUUAACAUAAUAUUAAAGAACAUUGAUAAUUUUCAAACAUUACAUGAAAUUAAUACACUUUUACAAAACAUCUAUUUAAUUAAAACUAUAAAUGUUUAUAAUAAUCUAAUAAGGGAAUUAUGUUAUCAUAUUAAAAAAAUAUACAUGAAUUAUUUUUUAAAUAACGAAACAAUUAAUUUAAAUAAAGUUGUGUAUUUGUUGUAUUUAUUAAAUAAUUAUGAUAAUUCUGAAAUUUUUUAUAAUAUGUUUCAAAUAUUUUUUGUGAAAUUCUUUAAAUUAAGCAAAAUUAUUGUUUAUCAAAAGAAGAAAUAUAAUUUUGUAAAUAGUUUAACAAAUACCUUCUUCAUGGCUAAGAAUAUUUAUUCUCUCAAUGAAAAUGUAAAUAUAAAUUUAGAUAAAGAUUUAAAAAAAAAUAAUUUAAAUGAUGAAUAUAUAAUAUAUUUAAAUGAUAAUCUGCUUGUAAAUAACAUAAUAACUGAUAUAAAUGAACCCAAUAAUGCAAUGAAAAAAAAUAAAAUAGAUAUGGCAAUAUCAGAAUCUACAAGUAAACUUGAAUGUAUAGAUUAUAGCAAGGUAAAAGAAUCAUUAAUAAAUUAUGAUAAUAAUAAAUAUAUAUAUCAUAGUAGCAACGAAAUAGAUGAGAUAAAAGAUAAAGAGCAUAUGUUAUAUAUUAAUGAUUAUACAUUUAUUAUUUUGUUUUUAUUAUUAGACAUAAUUAGAAACGAAAAAAGAAUUGAAAGUAUAGAGAUUUGCAGCUUUAUUUUUAAAGUAUUUAAAAAUUAUAUAUAUUUCUUAAAUAAAGAAGUAAUAAUUGAAUGCUUAUAUAUUUACUUCUUUUCGCAAAUUAACAAUGAAUUAUCACAGGAAUAUAAUAAAGUCAAACUAAAGAAUUUUAAUGAUGAUCAAAUUCAUUAUGUAUUAAAUAUAUUAAUAACUUUCACACAUAAUUUAGAAAUAUAUUCAAUUUUAAAGUUGUCCUUUAUUUAUAUUAACUUAUUUUUUUUUUCUCAAAAAAAUUAUCAAGUAAAGGAAAAUAUUAAAAUUCUUUUUGAGCAUAUUAACAGAAAAAAAGAUUUAAUAGAAAAAAAUAAUAUAUUAUAUGACCAACUGAAGAAAUAUGAAAAUAUUUCAAAUCAUUAG